CAUAUAUUUUAUGCACCACAAUAUCUAUGUAUGGUGGCAUUAGUGUCGUUAUUAUACUCAUUUGGGCUCAAUUGGGAGAUGUAACUUUGGCACUUUUUGCCCUUAAAGUGGCAAGACCACUUUUAGGAAUCACUCUUGCAACCCUAUCAGUGGCUUUCUUGGCUGGUGUCCACCUUGCUAUAAGCGAUCUCAGUUGGUUGACAACUACUGUUCUGAUUUUGUGUGUGGUCUUCAUUAUCCUGCUUUUGUUACUGUACACUCUUCUCUGGUUUCCCUCAGAAUCAAGCAACGUAAUAAUGCGAUACAUUUCAUUCUAUCCUUUCCAGUUUCUCACAUGGUUAACUGAAAAAGAUUCAAUUAAAGGCAUAUUUACAUUACAUGACUUUGAUAUUAAAGAACUGGAGGAACAUGAAUAUGGAGGAAAGCAAACAGAAGAAACUGAAGAAACUGAAGAAGUUGAUGAAGGGGAGAAUGAGAAGGAUGAUAAUGAUGAUGUAGAGGACGAAGAUGAUAAUGAUGAUGUAGAGGACGAAGAUGAUAAUGAAGACGAGGAGAAGGACACUCAUGAAUAGUAGUUUUUUUAUACAAUUCAAAAUGUAGGAUAAAUGUACUUCCUAUUUUAAUUUGGUGACUACAAAGAAAAACAAUCUCUAGUACCAAAUGGGGAAAAUGCUUUUUAUAUUGCAGUCUUAACUUUGUUU